AUGUAAUUNAUUAAUUAGCAAAGAAAUAUCAUCCAGAAUCAUAAAAAGCAAAUAGUGAAAAAUAUUCAAAUGUAUAAGAAGCUUUUAAGGUAAAAAUUUAAUUAGAGAAUGUGAUUAGAUUUUAUCUGAUUUAGAUUACAAAAACAAAUAUGAUUUAAAGAGAGUGAA